AUGCUGAUGCGAAAAGAGGUAGUUGUUCAUUGCUUCAUUAUGCGAAUAGCACGAAUCGAUGCUUCAAUUGCUCGAAUGAUGAAUGAAGACGAGCGAAAGCAGUUGCAUCUUCUGCGACGACCUUCUAAGGAUGAAUGCGAUGCGACUGAAAGCAAUGAAAAUGAUUGUGUGUCCACGAUACCUGGAUUAUAUGCUGACUGGUCUGCAAAGUUAAACGUAAUCUAUUGUAAACGAAAGGGCAAUUACCUGCCGAGAGUGUGUGUAAAUGCACGCAUCCAAGUGAUGUACUCGAAUUUAUGCGUUUGCACUGAGUAUCCACGAGCUAACUUUCACUUCCCGCUAGUUAAAAUUUGCUACAUCGAGUGUAAGCAUAACAGUUUAACGGUGAGAGGCAGAAAGUUCGACUUGGUUAUAAGUUACAUGGAUGAGGAAACCGAGAAGAUUGAAGCAAUGCGAAAUCGGCUGCGAUUCUUGGUUCUCAGACAACGAGUACCACACUCGAUUCUUGGGCUACCUUUCGAGUGGCAAACUCUACGUGAUUCUCAUAAGGAAGAACAAAAGCAAAAGAAAUAUUUCUUUGUUUAUUUGUCCGGAAUUUUACGUUUGGAUGCUUUGAGAAAAACCAUUCUUGAUGCAUUAUUCAUGUUUUAA